CGGCGAGGGCAGCACGACGGCCACGGUCCCCAUAAGGAAUACUUCCAAACCCCGGGGAGGACACCACUUCCUGAUACCUCGCCCUACACUCCUCCGCAGACGACUCCUGCAAUCCAGGGCCGCUCAGGCCCAUCGCCCAUUAUUCGGGCUGCGCGAUCCCUGUUCUGGGCCUCGCUCUUCUCGACCCUCGGUCUUGUUGCGGGAACAGCCUUAAUUACUUGGGAAUACUUGCAACCGCCUUUCGAACCAGGAUCGCCGGAGGAUCAAGAGUUAUUCGAGGAGAUUGUAGAUACAUUGGAUAGCCAUCCACUCGUUGAGUCACUCAGAGAAGAGAAAUGGAUCGAGGAUCCUAACUACAAUGAUCACCUGGUUCGUACAGGCAAAGGUCUUCACCUUGUCUCGGAAAAGCUUGCGGGGACUCAAGGUAUCACCAUGAGAGCUUUCCGACAUCCUUCGCAAGAAUACACAAUGAUGGUGUUCUUCCUCGGGUUUGGCAUAGAAGGCUGGCCGGACGUGAUCCAUGGUGGCAUCAUCACAACCUUGCUUCAAGAAGGUAUAGAUCAACACAUCCAGAACUUUUACUCCAAGGAUGGAAAGCUACAAGGACAGGUGAUCAGCAUUGACUUCAGGAAGCCGGUCCGACCGGGAGAUAUCUAUGCGAUUCUCAUACCUCCCGGCGUAUCUGAUAGCCCGAAUCCUCCGCAGCAGAAACGCGUCCAGCUGGUUUCAAUCCUGAUGCACAUAGAAGGAGCUCCCCGAGUUCAGACAAUCUAUGAUGCUGUAUCCCAGAAACAAGAACAUACAAUCCAGGUACCAUCUUCCAAAGGCGAUGAUAUCCAACACGCGAUUGCCACCGUACAGUUAAGACUU